AUGGGCAUUCCCUUACCCUGCACUCCCACUCAGGUGAGCGCAGAAGAACUGGCCUCCAUUCUAGUGAAGGGCAAGGAGAAAGAAACAAGCACCAAGGGCGUUGCAGCACCCAAGGGGCAGUAUGAUAAUCCAAUGGGCAGUUCAAGUAGCAACAAGCCAGGGGAGGAGGGUGGAGAUAUGACAAAGAGAAAGAGGCAGACCAAGGAAGAGGAGACCAACAAGGACAAGCCUGCUAAGGCCCCCUACCCAAACAGACCCAAGACCACUGUCCAAGCUGUGUUCAUCAGUGGUCUCAUGAGGAAGGACAUGAAGCCAGCUGCCCAGUACAACAUCUACCCAACCAAUCUCAUUGGGACCAACAAGCUGAACAUCUGGCACAUCACCAACCUCCCUGACUGGAGCAGCAUCCCUCACACCAACUCUGCCCUUCUCAACACAAUUGCUACAGGGGCAGCUCUGGCUGCUGCCAGUUAUAACAAGGAGAAGGUGCAGAUUGAACUCAGGUAUGAGCAACCAGACAGGCCCUUCAUGAAGGGCAAGAAGAAGGAGAUUGGCUUCUUCAUCACCUACAAGAAGUGCUCUGCCUUGGAGGGCAAAGAUGAGGCCAAGGGCUUGGGCGUUGCAGGCAAAGAUGAAGCCAAGGGCUGGGCAGGUCCCAUGGCAACUUCCCAUGGGCGAAAUGAGAAGCUCUAUUGGCAAAAAGCCGUCCCAACCACCAGUGCCAGCUGCCACACAUUUGAGCAGCUUGUCAGGAUCAUAUAUCUGCACAUGCAAGGAGAUCAAUACAGUGUCAACUGA